UUAUGAACGCAUCAUGUUAUGUCAAAAAUUGGCGGCAAAAUACGUUAAUUUCAAUUGCGCUAAAAACAAGAAUUUGUUGUUUUUUUUUUAAUUUUUAAGACAAUGGAAUUAGUGUAUUAAUUUUUUUGUGUUUGUAUAAUAAGUUCUUACGAUGAAGUUUUUAUUGUUUUCAAUUUUUAUAUUAUGUGCGGUGAAAUGCGAUGAUGUUAGCAACAAUUAUUACGUCGUCGAAGUGCUCGAUGAUGAAAUGGGCAGAGACUUCAGGAAACCCUUCCGAGUUUACUGGAACGUACCGACAGUUCAAUGCAAAUCAAAGAAGAUACCAUUCGACAAUUUAUAUGAAAAAUAUGGUAUCAUCCAGAAUGAUGGUGACCAUUUUAAUGGCGAAAAAAUCACGAUAAUGUAUGAACCGGGUCUGUUUCCGGCUAUAUUUAAGAAUGAAACCAGUGGGAAAUACAGGUUUAGGAACGGUGGAGUACCACAGGAAGGGAAUUUGGAGGAGCAUUUGAAGGCCUUUAGAGAGGAUAUUGCAGAAAUUGUUCCUAACCCAGACUUUAGUGGCAUCGGAAUAAUAGACUUUGAAUCGUGGCGGCCCAUAUUCCGACAGAACUUCGGCACGCUAGUUCCUUACAAGGAUGUUUCGUACGAGAUUGAGAAGAAAUUACAUUGGUGGUGGCCCAAGAGUUGGAUUAAUGCUGAGGCGAAGCAACGCUUCGAAGCAUCUGCUAGAACAUUUAUGCAGACGACGUUGUCUAUUGCGAAGCAGAUGCGCCCUAAAGCGCUUUGGGGAUACUACGGGUUUCCUUACUGCUUCAACAUGGCAGGGCAAAAUUUAAAGGAGGAUUGCGCGUCGAAUGUUUUAGCGGAAAACGAUAUAACUUACUGGAUGUGGUCCGAGAGUACAGCGCUGUACCCAUCGGUGUAUAGUUCACGGAAUUUAUCUUCAGAUCAGCUGGGGUCACUAGUUCGAGGCCGGGUCAGGGAAGCUAAUCGAGUUAGACGAUACGAGACACCUGUACUGCCUUACUAUUGGUUUAGAUACCGGGAGGGUGGAUAUAUGACUGAAGAAGACCUAAACGUUGUUCUUAAGUCUUUUUACAAAUCAAACGCAUCUGGAUUCGUCAUAUGGGGAAGUUCCAAAGACGUGAAUACAGUAAGCAAAUGCAAAAAUUUAUACUCUUACGUCGAAAAUGUUUUGGGACCUACUAUUGCGAAAUACAUUAAAAAAAUAAACAUAGCCAAUGACGUCAUUAUUGAAACACCGCCUGAACUUAAUCUCGUUAAUGAAACUGUCACCAGUGAUAUAAAUAUGACCAACAAGACAAGUGGAAUUGAAUCUGCUGAAAAAAGCACCAAUAGCCCUGUCGAAAUAGACCCAGAAUAUGAUUGGAUACCCCCAGAGAAUUACACUCAAGAUAUUUCUCAAAACGUCGAAAAGGAAUUACAAAAGAAAGGUUUUAAUAAGACAGAAAAUAGAACUGAAAUAAAGACGCUGAACGACAGUGUUGUUGUUGAUAUGAUAUUUGAUGCUUUGAUAAAAGCCGAUAAUAACAAUGAAAGUGAAAAUAGCAAACCAACAACUAGGAAUAUUUUGAACGAAACAGCCUUUUCAAAUACUAGCAAUAGCUUUGAAGUAACCGAACCUGUUAUUAUUAAAGAUACUGAUUCCUUGAAUUCCUUAAUCACCAAAGAUCCACUGGGUUUUAUAGAAAAUUUGGCGUUAGAAGAAGAAAAAAAUGAGUUUUUCGAUGAAACUAUAAAUAUAGACGAAUAUAAAGAUGAUGAAGAAAUUAUUCUACCAUUAAAUGAUUCUACCAUUGAUAAUAUAUUACCCAUUGAAGAAAAUCAAACGCUGUUUUUAACUCCUGCUGCAGAUAUUGUAUCUAACAAAGACUUCACAGUUGAUUUUGCAAGUGAUACUACAACAAUAAAAAGCGAUAAUUCUCUGAAAGAUCCUUCUAAUAUUGAAGACGAAAUUGUAAAAUCUACAAAUGAAAAUAUCUUUAUAAAUAUAUUUGAUUUUUUGUUAAAUGGUAAUUCCAAUUUAGAAAAUGAAAACAAAAAACAAUUUACAAAAAGCACACUUAAUGAAAGAAAAAAUCUCACAGAAGAUUCAGAUUUAUUAAUAAAAGAAUUAAUUAAGGAUGAUGAGUCGGAAAACUUAGAUAAAAUCAUCAAAACCAAUGAAAAAUUUAUGAAUAGCAAUACUGAAAGCUACACGGAUAUCCCAAAACCCAAUGAAGUAGAAUCUCAAGGAACCACUCUUGAAGUGGAUCAGACUACUGAAGUUAAUUUAGAAAAAAAUCAAUCGAUACAUUUUUCAUUAAUAGAAAAUAGUAAUAAGGAAUUAAUAGACUUAAAUGAAGUAUUUGAUGAUUUUAUGAUCGAAAAUAUCACUGACUUGAAUUUUGAAUCAACCACGCAACACGACAAAACUUUAGAAACGAACUAUAAUGAAGACAAUUUAUUAUUAUUAGCAGUUAAUCUCUCGUCUCCUACGAACACUAGUCCAUCUACUGAUGCUACUGGAUAUACAACAGAAUAUUUGAAUACGAGUGAAAGCGUGACAGAGACAGAAAAUACAGAUAAUGAGUUUAUUAGAAAUGAAAACAAAGAUGAAAUUCUACUUGAUGAUAAAAACGAAUCGCUAUUUACAUCGGACGCUGCAUCUGAUCAGGUGAGUGUAUCAUCCAGCUUCGCUUUGGGAUCCAACUCGAAUUCCAUGUAUUUCUAUAUCUAUUCUACAUUCAUAUUUUUUAAUAAUAUAUUUAUCAACAAUAUGUAAUAUAUCCGGUUCAACUGCAUUUAAUAUUUUUUUCUUCUUCGUGAUUGUGGAUUUCAUGUAGUCAGUAAGGAUUCUUCAUAUUGUUCAGGGAUUUUUAAACUGUCGUGAUAAUUAUGUUUAUUUUUUAAUACUGCUGAUGUAUAAAGUAAACUGAAAAUAUAAUUUUCUUUUACAUUUCAAGUGUCACAAUGACAUCGACAUAAAUUUUCGACAUAAAAUUAAUCGACUUAAAACAAAAUAUCUUUAAAAGCUUAAAUAAAUAAUUAAUGUAAAUAAUUAAUAUGCAUUUAUAAUUAAAUUAAAACAAAAAACUGUACAGACAUUUUGCCUGCAAUUGCAGGUAUGCCAGGCGUUACCAAUAUUUAAUAUUUUAACUGUAACGAACUAUACUCCUUGUACUGUAUUCUUCUGCAAUUAUAAAACCCGGGGACACUUUUCACACACGGCCAUCAGAUUCCAAAUUAAGCUUAUACAGAGUGUGUACUAUGGAAACCAGACAACUGAUAUACUACAUAUACUACUUUUCUUUUGUAAAUACAUACUUAUAUAGAUAAUUACACCCAGACUCAGGACAAACAGACAUAUUCAUGCACACAAAUAUCUGUCCUGGGUGGGAAUCGCCAACCCUCUCGUCAAAAUUAUAAAGAUGUGGUCAAAAUAAUUUCACACUAGACUGAUUUAAUGAAGUUCGAGUAGGGGUGUUCUGUAAGAUAUUCACGUGUGUACCAAUAGUGUAUAUUCUGUUGUGCAUUCUCUUAAAUAAUAUAAUUUCACAGGACUAAAGAUCUCUAUUUGCUGUAUCUACAAAGUAUUGCAAAUCCUUCUUUAAUUUAUUUUUUUAAUUCUCCAUAAAUAUAUAAACUAAAAAGGUACUCACUUAUAUAUUACAUUAUUUCAUUUACAAAUAUAAACUCGCUCCCAUCCAUCGUUUGUUUGUCCCUGUCAACCUUUCAAAUGAUUUCCGAUGUGGUUCAUACGCCAGUAAUUGGGAAGCUUUACUGUUCAAUAUUCACUCCAUCUAACUCAAACAAUCCACUAAGAGUGAUUACUCUACGGUAAAAAAAUGUACAUUUUGCGCAAGCACAUUACAUUCUCUGUCUCAAAUUCCCCUUAACUUGAAACAUUUACAUUUACUGAUCUAACUACUUUAUUAAUAAAAGUCGUAACUACCCAAUUAAACAAUUAUUUGUCUUCUUUUUUCAAAUCUCAAAUUGUCUAAGACAGAAAGAGAGAUAUCAGUGUUUAUCAAUCCACACGCAAUAAGAACGUUAGUUUAAAAUUUUUAAUCUUUAAUCUAAGUUGGCAACAAAAUGUCAACAUGAAAGUAAGCUUUUUUAAGUAGUAAAUAUUUUAUUGUUGCGUGUACAUAUUUUCAAUGUACAAUUUGUAAAUCUGAAUUUUAUAUUAAAAUAUUAUAAGUUUUAAAUGUACAAAAAUGUAAACCAAAAUUUUAAUAACUGCUUAAAUAAUUCCAUCACUUAUAUUUUAUCUGUGAUAC